AUGGCCUUCCUGCCGUGGACUUUACUCGCACUCCUCAGCCUAGGCUCUGUCUCGGUCCGAGAGAGCUUGGAAGAGUUCAAUGACGAGGCGACGAGGCAUGGGGCCAGUCACGAAGGCGAAGCCUCCAGACUAGGCAGCGCUUCCUGGCACAGGAGCGGCGGCGACAGUGAACCACCAAAGGUGAAGAGCGCGGAUGCGCAGGGCAAAGUGGAGAGCAAUGAGGAUGAUAGGAGCCAUGGCAUGGUGGGAGGAUAUUCAGGGAGCCCUCUAAGUGUACAACGUGAAGGGUCCGAGCUCGGAACCUUCGAGUCCGAACACCGGUUCAAAGGAAACUUUUCCGGGUAG